AGUUUUCAGAGGCUGCGAUUUUUCAGACUUUGACCGUGCCGAAUACUUUCCGUUGAGUUGAGGUGACACACUGACACACACAACAGGACGCCAUAAUGCUUGACAUGAAGGACAUACUCUUCCUGAAACCUAAACCUAGUGCUUUCAGGGCUUUGGUCUUGCUUCACACUGUUGUCCUGCUCCUCCUAACACACUCUUGCAGAGGUCAGCCUCACCUGAUUGGCCCAACUCAGCCAAUAGUGGCAAUGCUUGGGGAUGAUAUAGUCUUGCCAUGUUACCUGGAACCUUGUGUGGAUGCUUCUGGCAUGACAGUGGAGUGGGCAAGAUCUAACCUGGAACCCAGAUUUGUCUAUUUGAUGCGAGACAAUGUGGAACUUCCAACUGAGCAGAAUUCAUUGUACAAAAGUAGAACGUCGCUGUCCACCAACAAACUGAAGUGUGGAGACAUUUCACUGAAACUCUCCAAAGUGAAACUCUCUGAUGCAGGGACAUACAAGUGCCUCGUUCCCAACUUGAAAACAGAAUCUGUGGCUGAGAUCACUGUGGGUUCUGUCUCCACACCUGACAUAACAAUGUCCAAGGACAACAAUGGCGUGACGUUAGAGUGUAAAUCUGGUAGCUGGUAUCCACAGCCUGAUAUGUUUUGGAUGGAUGUUGACGGAAACCUUCUCUCUGCUGGACCUACAGAGAGAGUCAGCAGUCCUGAUGGUCUCUAUGCUAUCAGCAGCAGUGUGACUGUGGAGAAGAGACACAGCAACAGAUUCACCUGUAGAGUCCAGAACAACAUCAACCAGACCAGAGAGACAUACAUUAAUGUUCCAGAUGAUUUCUUUCUGGUCCAGGCUAAUUCUGCUGUUCGCGUCAUCAUCUGCUUGGCUAUCUGCUUCAUGUCUAUAGCUGCCGUUGUCUUUGUUAUGUGGAAAUGGGGACGAAACAAAGAAGAUAUUACUAAAAAAAAAGGAUCACAACAUGGGAUCACACCAUUCCACGACGUAGAACUUCAGCUUCUGAUGGAGGGACAAGGACAAGGAGAUCCAACCGUGGCAGAAAAGCUUCUUAACAUGAAAAAAGCAAAACAUGAAGAAGCGUUAAAGAGCAAUGCGGAAGAAUUAAAUCAUGUACACAAUGUGAUUACAACACUGAAGGAACAGAAGGAGGAUCUGAAGAAGCAGAGAGAGAAAUUCAUCUCACAACUGCAGGAAGUGAAGAUAAAGCGAGAAGAGAUCAAGAAAAAGCUGAUUGGAGGAGCAAAACUGGACAGAGAAAAAAAAGAAAAUAAGCGUAAAAAGAUCAAUGAGGAACUGGACCGGAGAAAGACAGAACUUGAUGAACUUUUACAGAACACAGAGAAACUACUGCAGACUACAGAGGAUUUGAUUAUUAGAAUGACAGAAAGGAAAGGAAAACUAGAGAACAACAGGGAACAAAUUGAAAAGCAACUGACAGCAACAGAGACACAGAUAGAGGAGAUUCAGAGGGAACUUCAGUCAGAGUCAGAGAAAGCAGAGAAAGCAGAGAAAAAACAUGGUGAAUCAUCUGAAGGUGUUGAAUGAUUUUAUAACUUGAUAUUCAAUUGAAAUCACUAAUAGUAUUGACUUUGAUUUU